AUGUUAUUGGGUAUGGAGGGGGUUUUGGGCCGCGAUGGGCCUGCCGAUCGGGAGGAGAUGCUGCUAGCCCUGUCUGCGCGCCCGUAUCAACAUCGUGAAUCUGCCUAUCAUAUCCCCGAUGGUUGGAGGAUCAAAGGAAAGCAACGAGGAUCGGACCCUGGCCACGCUGGCACUGGCCAUCCCCGUCAGAAUGGUGCAUCGUUACCACUGGUUGCACUGCGACAAGAAUCGGGAGGAGAUGCCUUAAGGGAGUCCAACGAGAGUUGA